CUGCCAACCUAGCAGUUCGGAAGCAUAUUUAAAAAAUGCAACUAGAAAAAUAGGAACCACCUUUAGUGGGAAGGUAACAGCGUUCUGUGCACUUUUGGCAUUGAGUCCUGCUGGCCACAUGACCACAGAGACGUCUUCGGACAGCGCUGGCUCUUCGGGAACAAAUAUCACGUGUUGCCACAGCCAUGACUGUUGUUACAGCAAGGCGGAGAUGUACGGCUGCAACCCCAGAGUCCUCUCCUACCGGUUCUACGCCCAGAGAGAUAAAAUCAAGUGUGUCAAAUCAAGGGAUCGUUGUGAGAAAAUGGUGUGUGAGUGUGACCAGAAAGCCGCCGGUUGCUUCCAGAAACAUCUUUUCACCUACAACCCUCAAUUCAAAAACCUUCCAGUAGGAGACGACUUCCGGUAUCCAGCGGCAACGGACGUCUGGAAGGCUUCUCCUGCCUCCAGCGCCCGAAUCCGGCCGCCGCCGAGGCCCUCAGGGGCCAGGUGUUCCGAAAAGGACACCUGCCGCACGGACGGCUCGCCAGGGGUCUCCCAGCCGACAUACAGGACUGUGGGGACCGAUGCUGGCGCGUCCUAGGCUCGGCGGGGUUCGGAGGCCACAGGCCGCGGCCAUUAUUUUGGUCGUCGCCUGGGCCGCUGUGCCCAGUGACACCGGGGCAUUGGAUCUAUAACUGCAGCAGCCUGGUGGUGAACAGGGCACGGAGAAGAAUUGAGGAGGAGAAGGGAAGGGAAU